CUUCCUUCCAAGUUCCAAUUCCCUUGUAGACUUGGAUCAUUCUCAUCCACACAUCAUCAAUAAUUCAAUAUGGUAAGUGUAAGUCUCAAUGGAUUAUUGUAGGACAAUUUCGUAAGAGAAAAUUGUGCCCACAUAUAUGUUGUGCAUGUAUAUAAACACCUGAUGUGUUGCACAACAUUCAAGUGUUGAGAGAGGUUUGACUGAAAAGUAUAAAGAAGAGUUGAUUGCAUUGAUAUUCUUGAGUUUUGUAUGUACGAAAUGUGUCCCCUAACACACAGCGACUUGAAGCGGAUUUUUGAGAAGGUUGACAUGAAUGGUGAUGGGUUUUUGAGCCUUGAGGAGCUUCACUUGCUGCUAGAGAAAACAGGGUUCAAUUUGAGCGUGGAAGAAUUGGAGUCUCUUGUGGGAAAGAAGAGGCUUGACUUCAGUGAGUUUUUGUUGUUUUAUGAAUCCAUGUUGAAGCAGGGGAAUGAGGAAGAGGAGGAAGAGGGGGAUAAUGGGGGUGGUGAUGAGGACCUUGUGGAGGCUUUCAAAGUGUUUGAUAUGGAUGGGGAUGGAUUCAUCACAAGCCAAGAGCUUGAGUGUGUGUUGAAGAGGCUUGGCAUGUUGGACGAACUCUGUGGCAAGGAUUGCACCACCAUGAUUUGCUCCUACGACACUAAUUUUGAUGGCAAGCUUGAUUUUCACGAGUUUAAGGACAUGAUGCUGCUCACAACUUUGUGAUCAUCAUCGUUAAUUAAUUUUGUUUCACACUUCACUACCUCAUCAUCAUGCUAUGCUACCAUUUUUUCUUACAUUUUGUGCUUUAUUGUAAAUAUGAUAUAUCAUCUAUAAUUCUCUAUAUACAUGUACGGAACUAUGAAUAGUAAUACAUUGAUAGAACAUGGAGCUUCAAUAGUUAUG